GAACUGACCGUUGCCCUUCCCAAGACCCGUCCUGUCCAUGACGGGACGAUGGGACGUGAGACUGGCCUUCUUCGCCUGCUUUCCCACACGCGGCGCCGGCACACCGUUAAGCGCCGAACCGACCAUUUCCCUUCCCAAGACCCGUCCUGUCCGUGAUGGGACGAUGGGACGAUGGGACGAUGGGACGAUGGGACGUGAAACAGGCCUUCGCCUGCUUUCCCACGCGCGGCACCGGCACACCGUUCAGCGCCGACCGGCCGAUGGUGGGUCAUUUUCUGUUGCAGCACGGUGGGACGCGGGCCAUGUGGGCAUGACGUCGCCGUCCCAACUAUCCCCGAGCUACAUCCUGGCCGAGGGACGGACUUGGGCAUCGUGGCCAAAUGCCGUCGCCGGUGCUAGGGCCAGAAACUGCACUUGGUGGUGAGGACUGGCGAGGGGAGAGCUUCUCUCUGAUUAUAAUAUAAACACUCUGGAUCACCUUCAUCCGCUUGAUACGAAAAGAGAAGGGGGAAAAAAAAGGCACUCACUU